AACGAUCAUGUCUUCUGGAAUUCUCAUGAUUGUAUCGCAGCCUUGAUGUGAGCCUUCGUUGAGGCGCACCCACUAUUUAUGGUAAGGUUAGUUCUUGGCAUAUAUGAUUUUGCCAGGCGGUGUCCAGAUAUUUCUCAACACCCGCCAACCCAAUCGCCUCCACAUCAUCACCACCUCACGCUACAACAAUGCCUUCCACGCACAAAAAAGACAAACCUUGGGAUACCGACGACAUCGAUAAGUGGAAGAUCGAGAAGUUCACACCAGAAGACAAUGUAGGCGGCACGUUCCUGGAGGAGAGCUCCUUCGUCACUCUUUUUCCGAAAUAUCGCGAACAAUACCUUCGUGGAGCAUGGCCGUUCAUCACAAAAGCGCUCGAGAAACAUGGCAUAGCUUGCACGCUGGACUUGGUGGAGGGCUCUAUGACUGUGAAGACAACGCGAAAAACUUACGACCCGGCUGCGAUUCUGAAUGCGCGGGAUCUGAUGAAGUUGUUGGCAAGGUCAGUGCCUGCGCCUCAAGCAGUCAAGAUCUUGGAAGACGACGUCGCAUGCGAUAUCAUCAAGAUAAAGAACCUCGUCCGUAAUAAAGAGAGAUUCGUGAAGCGAAGGCAAAGAUUGUUAGGCCCGAACGGCACAACUUUGAAGGCGUUGGAGCUGCUUACAGGAUGCUACAUGCUCGUGCAAGGAAACACAGUGGCAGUAAUGGGCCCAUUCAAAGGGCUGAAGACGAUGCGGCGCAUUGUCGAAGAUACCAUGGCGAAUAUUCACCCGAUCUACGCGAUCAAGGAACUCAUGGUCAGGAAGGAGCUUGAGAGCAAUCCGGACUUGAAGAACGAGAGUUGGGAUCGGUUCCUUCCUAACUUCAAGAAGCGCACAUUGAGCAAGAGACGGGUGCCGCAUAAGGUUACCGACAAGUCUAAGAAGGUCUACACGCCGUUCCCGCCACCGCAGGAGAAGAGCAAGAUUGAUCUGCAGAUCGAAUCUGGAGAGUACUUCCUCGGAAAGCAGGCGAAAGAACGCAAACAAAGAGAAGAACGCGAGGCCAAGAUGAAAGAGAAACAAGAAGAAAAGAGGAAGGAACGUCUGAAGGACUUUGUGCCUCCGGCUGAGGAUGGUACGAAGAAGAAGCGGAAACGAGAUGAUGGUGAAGUGAAGGAGAAGAAAAAGAAGAAGCGCAAGAGUGAAUCGGAGAGCUGAAGGAGGACACCGGUUUCUGGCUUCCGAGGAAUCGUGAUUGCGAGUGUUGCGGCUCCUGCGCCCUAAACACCACCAUCCCACCACACCUUCGGGAUUUGCGGACUUGGACCGGACAUGCUGAGGCGCUUUACCAUAUCAGGCAAUUUCGAGAUGGUGUAAGCGGCGGGGAGGAGUAUGAGCUGGUCGAUACCUUUUAUUAGUAGAACAAUAUACCCCUUUCCAUGUUC